AUGUCUGAUCCUAUUGCCGGAGCUGCGCAGAAGCACCCUGCGCCCGAGGGCCUUGUAUACACAUACGGAACUGCUGGAUUCCGCACCAAGGCCGAUGUUCUCGACUCGGUCCUCACGCGUGUCGGUCUGAUUGCCGCCCUCCGAUCGCGAGCACUGAAGGGCAAAUGGAUUGGUGUCAUGAUCACGGCAUCCCACAACCCGCCUCAGGACAAUGGCGUGAAGCUCGUUGAGCCGAUGGGCAACAUGCUGCAAGAGGAGUGGGAGGUCAUUAGUACCGAAAUGGCGAAUAAGACUAGCCCUGAACACGUCUCGAAAUACUACCACGACAUCGCCGCCAGGUUCAAGAUCGACCUGAACACCCCCGCCCGCGUCGUCGUCGCUCGUGACACAAGGGCGUCUGGAGCAAGACUGCUUGGCUGUCUGCAGGACGGUCUCGCGGCCGCCGGCGCCGAAGUCAAGGAGUACGGCUUCUUGACUACACCGCAGCUGCACUACAUGGUGCGCUGCCUGAACACUGAAGGCACAAAAGACGCCUAUGGCACGCCCACCGAGAAGGGCUACUACGAGAAGUUCGGCGCUGCCUUCAAGACCGCGCUGCGCGGCAAGAAGCCCUCAGGCUCUUUGACAGUAGACGGCGCCAACGGUGUGGGUGGACCGAAGCUCGCCGAGCUGAUCAAGUAUCUGCCAUCGAAGGAGGAGGGUGGUCUUGAGAUCUUUGUCAUCAAUGACAAUGUCAUCAAGCCCGAGAGUUUGAACGUCGAUUGCGGUGCAGACUACGUCAAAACUAAUCAGCGUGCUCCUCCCUCCUCCAAGGCUGGACCUGGUGACCGCUGCGCCUCCCUCGACGGUGAUGCCGACCGCGUUGUGUACUACUUCAAGGACGAGCAAAACGUUUUCCGUCUUCUGGACGGUGACCGCAUUGCGACCCUGGUAGCUUCCUUCCUUGGAGACCUUGUGCGCCAGAGCGGACUCGCCGACUCGAUCAAGAUCGGUGUCGUACAGACCGCAUACGCCAACGGAGCCGCCACAAACUACGUUGAGCAGAACCUGAAGCUCAAGGUCGACUGCACACCUACGGGGGUCAAGUAUCUCCACCACGCAGCGGAGAAGCUCGACAUCGGAGUGUACUUCGAGGCUAAUGGCCACGGCACCGUCAUCUUCUCGCACGACACCCUUGACACAAUCGAGAAGUACGAGCCAAGGAACCCAGGCGAGAAAGAGGCCAUUGAGGUCCUGCAGGCUUGCAUCAACCUCAUCAACCAGUCUGUUGGUGACGCACUUUCCGACUUCCUGCUCGUCGAAGUUGUGCUUGCACACAAGCACUGGGGACCCCAGGAGUGGCUCUCCACUUACACCGACCUUCCCAACCGCCUUCUCAAGGUUCUCGUCAACGACCGCACCAUCUUCAAGACCACAGACGCUGAGCGUAAGCUCACAAGCCCGGAGGGCGUCCAAGCACAGAUUGACAAGGAAGUGCAGAAGGUCCGCCAGGGACGUUCGUUUGCGCGUGCCAGUGGUACCGAGGACGCUGUCCGUGUUUACGCGGAGGCUGCGACCAAGGCGGAAGCUGAAGACCUGGCCAGGAAGGUCUCCGAGAUUGUCAGAGCCGCUGGUGGCGCUUAG